CCUUCCGGUCAGCUCGCCCGGCUCGCUGUGUGACCCCCGCGGCAGCCAAUCAACAGGAGGAGUUCGCCUUGCCCCUCCUCUCCGCUAGCCAGGGAAACCAAUCCUAUUUCAAGAGAGGCAGGACGCGCCAAGUCCCGAAAGAGGAGCGGGGGGAAAAAGUGAGGUUGGCAGUCCAGUAAUGUAAAACUGCCGACGGGGGAUUCCAAAGGCGGUGACAGCCUCAGUAGUUGCGCCGCGGCCCGGGGGAGCGAACGGGUCCGGGGGAACGUACUGGGAACUGUUUAUAGUCCUGUCAAAACUGCGCAGAGAGGGGAGGUAGAGGCCUGAGGGCUGCUUGGAUGAUGGCACGCUGAGCAGCAUCCCUGGAGCCUGGGUCCUCAUGGCGUCCCAGGACAAAGAUGAGGAGUCCCCACCUCCCUGGGCCUCCCAGACAGGGCCCUGGGAUGCCAUCCUUGAGGCCGUCAGGGAGCAGCUCCCAUCUCUGGACUCCGAUUCCUCCUUGUCGGACUUCGAGGCAGAGGAGCUGUUCAUCUUCCAGCGAGAUCACACUGCCCUGAUCCCAGACCUGUCAGAGGAGCUGGCCGAAGACGCUGCCGGGGCCUGGCUUGCUACGGUUGAUGGGUCUUCUGAGCCAGGUGCAGUGCCUGUGGAACCCAGAACAGAACCCUGGAGAGAGUGGGGCCCAAGGACAGAGGCUUCUGCCUCUCUGCAAGGUGGAGACCCUGGCGGGCCUAUAAACAGCUGUGGGGAAACCAGUUCUCUUCUCAGGGUGCCCAAGGACAUCCCCAAGUGGCAGGAAGACAACCAUGGGGCUGUGUCCCUCAGCACCCAGGGUCCUCACCAGGGGCUGCAGGAGGAAGCCACCCUGUCCCCCUGGGAAGGUGACCUGAAAGCUGAGCCCCUGAGCGCUGCCUCACAAACCGGUUGGGCCGCAGACUAUGCAGACCGCAGAGCCCUCCGAAAGGAGAGAAGGAAGAUGAUUGAGAAGGACAUACUCCAUAAAGUCACCUGGGAUGCCCAGGACCCAGCCUGCAGUGACCAAAGUCAAGUGGAAGAGGCACCCUGUGCAGCGGCAGUGGCAGUUCCAAGACCAGAGACGCCACCAGAGGGGCCCCGGGAAGGACGGCUGGUGCUCUCCCUCAAGCAACUUGAAGAGUGGGAUUUGGAUCACAUCCUUCAAAGUCUGGCAGGACGAGAAGAUGACAGGGGAGAUCGCGCGCCUGGAGCUACGUGGUGGGCAGCUGACCGCCUGGGCCGAGACCACACCCUGCUCAACACCCAGGACAGGCUCAUGGAACGGCUCGCCCUCCUGGGUGCCACACAAUCCAGAGCCUCUUCUGCCUGGAAGGCACCUGCUGACACGCCCCAGGACACCAAGCAGCGGGAGACCAGCAGCAGAACUGCUCGGAUGGAGCCGGGCUUCCAGGCUGAGCUGGGCCUAAGGCUGGCCAGCGGCCUGCAGCUAAGGGGCCCAGCAGAGCCUCCUACUGUUUUCAUUGAUUUGCGGCCCACGGAGCCAUCGGACCUUGGGUCUUCAGAAAGCUCCAGCUCCAGCUCCUCUGACAGCGAGGAGGAGGAAGAGACAGCGGCUCUUGGAGACCAACAGGGACCAGCAGAGCAGGAGCGUCAUUCCUCCCAGGGGCUACGGGACUGUACUGGGAAGAGUCAGCUUCUCCAGCAGCUCAGGGCAUUUCGGAAGGGGACAGCUCAGCCCAAUCUGCCAGCCACUGAGGGUCCCGGUGGCCAGAAGGCUCAAGUCCUUGAAGAUACAGCCAGCUCCAGAACUGGGAGGAAGCAACAUGUGACACACCGGGCUGAGAAGCAGAGCACCCAGACCAGGUGCUGCCCCAGGGCGCUGGAGGACCCUCUUGGGCCAGGGACAGCCAAGGAGGCCCGGGUGCCUCCUCUGGGCCAGCUGUAGCUGCCUCCAGGACUGGGUCUGAGAAGGAGCUUGGUGGGAUGAUUCGACUGUCCAUCGACAUACCCGGGCCCUGGUGGUCCCCUGGCUCUCCCGUGUUUCCAUGAGAAUGUGCUUAUGUAGCCCAGGGACCCUCUGACUGGGGGCUGUCACCCAGACCUCUGUUAAAAUGUGGUGUGAUCAUUCUAUGCCCUCAGAGCAAAGAUGCUAAAUUUGCACACAGAGCGUGAUGACAACUCCUUUGAAAAGCGUCUGGAGGGAGACUCCGCAGACAGUAGUCUGUGCGGACGGGGGGGCUGUCCAGCCUGUUCACUGCUCCUGCAGUCUUCUCUUUAAGGUGCAUCUGUUGUUUUCCAUCAUACGAGGUCUUUUUUAAAACUAAAACUGCAAUAAAACAUAUUUAGAGAA